AGCCACCACAAGUAACCCAGUUGACGCCAGCUUUGUGAAACGGCUAGUUAAAAAUUAUGACCAUCUGACAGCUGAAGAACUUAGAAAAGUCAAAGAAUUUAUCAAUUCCAACCGUGACAUUUUCGAGACAGGAAAAUCUACGGGGCGUACCAGUCGUGUCCAGCAUAGAAUUUAUAUAGCCGAUGCAAGGCCAAUACGGCAAGCACCUAGAAGACUUCCAUUUGCUAAACAGAAGGAAAUAGCAAAUACGAUACAGGACAUGAUGGAGGCAAAUAUUAUUGAAGAAGCUUCUGGUCCCUGGUGCUCAUCUGUGGUCCUAGUAACCAAGAAAGACAGAUCUACUCGUUUUUGUGUAGACUAUAGAAGAUUAACCCCCUUAUUCUGUAACUUAUCGUUAUGUACCGAUGUCGUCAACUAACGAUAUGGAUCUCUAACGACUUUUUACGGAAACCUUAUUCUGUAAGAAUGCCGUUUCAUAAAUUCACGCUAACGACAGCUAACCAAUGUUUUUAGUAUAGUCUAUAUACGCUAGUUGAUAUGAGUGGGAUUAAUAUUCAAAAUAGUUCAUUUGAACCAUCAUUCAAGUUGACUUUUGUAUAGAUUUUUAAACCAUUGAAAAGAUAAAUCUUUAUAAAAUAUUUUCCGAAUUUCAACAUGGAUAAUAAUACAUCUGAACCGCAAUAAAAAAAAAACAAGAAAAAUGAAAACGACUCCGGACCAAUAUAGAUUAUAUUUGGAAAUGUUAGAAUCCAAUGUCCACUUCCGGGAAAACAAAAUAGCUCCAGAUAAUCCAACUGGGCUAACAGACAGUUGGGAAAAGUUAGGAAAAAGCUUGAAUGGAAGUGGUGGACCUCAGAGAAAUAUUGCAGAAUGGAAAAGAGUAUUUACUGAUUGGAAAAGCCAAGUGCGUAAAAGAGCUCGCCUCAUCAGGAAUUCCAUGCAGGAAACUGGCAAUGUGGGAGAUCCAGAAAAAGAUUUAACAGAAAUAGAAAAAAAAUUGUUGUUUCUAACUGGAGAUAUAGCAGUAGAGGGUAUAAAGGGUAUUCCGGAAAUUGGAAUAAAUAAUAUGGAAAAUAUAAAUAAUGCAGUAGAGGAAGCUAAAGCUGUAGAGAAAGAAAAAAAAGAAGAAAGAGCAAGAAAGAAAAUUACAACAAGAGCUGAUACCAAUGUAUUAAAUUUAAUAAAUAUGAAUUUGGAAAAGCUAGUAAAACUGAAAAAGAAAGAACUUCAGUUAGAACGUUUUAAACUUCGUUUAAAAUAUAACAUUGAGCUGGCCUCUGAAAAUGAGGGGUCUGAGGAAGACUGAUUAUAUAAUCAGGCAGAAGAAAUUAACUGUGUUUUUAAUUUUAAGUUAUAAAAAUAAUUAUUGUUUGUUUUAUGUUUCCGA